GUCAACUAUAACGUCAAACGGGACAAAAAUGGUUGCUUAUUUCACGCGUUGCUCAUAAUCCCAAAGUAAAAAAAAUAAAAUACGGUUUAUUUGAUUAAAUCCUAAUGAAAUACAGUGAAAACUUUUCAAAGAUUUGUAUUCUGGGUGUUGGUAUAUAAUUUUCUCAUUUGAGAUGUGAUCAGUUUGUGUAAAUAAGUGAAAAAUUCGCGCUGUAGCUUUACCUCGCACAAGCAAAAAAAUGUACCAUCGCUUUGUGGCGGAACAUGAAAAAUAGAAGUCGAAGACUUCAGUGCGAGAAUAUUAAAAACUAAAUUCGUUAUUAAACUAGAUUUUUUUCAACUGUUUGAAAGAUUUCAAAUAUAUGAGAUGGAGUUUUCACAUCCGCCGCCGGAUCCAAUGGCAACAAAUUUUGCCAAUCCUCCGCCAAUAAACCGGAUUCUUAGCUAUCAGAAUCCGCAAUCCCAGAAGCCGCAGUAUAGUUUUUAUCACCAUCGUCCGUAUCAUCACUUCAAUGGAUUCCGUGGAGGUCUACCAAUGACACAGGAUGAUUUCGAUGGUAAACGGUUACGAAAAUCGGUAAUGCGUAAAACUGUCGAUUAUAAUGCCUCCAUCAUCAAAGCUUUGGCUAAUCGCACCUGGCAGCGAGAUUACCGCGAUCGACACGCUUUACAACCAGAAAACAUAUACCUGCCGGAAAUGUUACCACCUCCGAGCUAUAUGGACAAUCCCAUCAACGCGGUCACUACGCGGUUUGUCAAAACGGCGACCAACAAAAUGCGUUGCCCAAUCUUCACACUUGCUUGGACUCCAGAGGGGCGGCGGCUAGUAACUGGUGCUAGUUCCGGUGAAUUCACGCUGUGGAACGGAUUGACGUUUAAUUUUGAGACUAUUCUACAGGCACACGAUGUAUCAGUACGGACGAUGGUAUGGUCUCAUAACGACAACUGGAUGGUUACCGGUGAUCACAGCGGAUUUGUCAAGUAUUGGCAAUCCAAUAUGAACAACGUGAAGAUGUUCCAAGCACAUAAGGAACCAAUCCGAGGAAUCAGCUUCAGUCCAACGGAUACAAAGUUCGCCAGUUGCAGCGACGAUGGAACGGUUCGCGUAUGGGAUUUUCUGCGAUGUCAGGAGGAACGCGUUCUCAGAGGUCAUGGUGCAGAUGUUAAAUGUGUACACUGGCAUCCACAAAAGGCGCUGAUCGUGUCCGGUAGUAAAGAUAAUCAGCAGCCCAUUAAACUGUGGGAUCCAAAGAGUGGACAAGCGUUAGCCACGUUACAUGCUCAUAAAUCGACGGUAAUGGACCUUAAAUGGAAUGAUAACGGGAACUGGUUGGUCACUGCUUCACGUGAUCAUUUACUUAAAUUGUUCGAUUUGCGAAAUCUAAGUGAAGAGGCUCAGAUUUUCCGGGGUCACAAAAAGGAAGCGAGUGCAGUCUCGUGGCAUCCAAUCCAUGAGGGUUUGUUUGCAUCUGGAGGUUCCGAUGGGUCCAUACUGUUUUGGAAUGUUGGCACGGAUAAAGAAGUUGGAGGUAUCGAUAACGCACACGAAAGCAUAGUUUGGACCCUAGCCUGGCAUCCACUGGGGCAUAUCCUAUGCUCAGGAUCAAACGAUCAUACCAUCAAAUUUUGGACACGCAAUCGACCCGGAGAUCAAAUGAGAGACAAGUAUAAUCUCAAUACAUUACCGGCUAGCUUGGCUGGCCUGGACGAUUGUGAGCUAGAAGAUCACGUCGUUAUUCCGGGUAUGGGUCCCGAAGAUAAGAUCGACAUGGCAGACAGUUUGGGAACGAACAAUAACGGCGUGAUUCCUGGAUUAGACUUCGCCAAUGUCACAAACUUUAAUGAAAAAAUGAGAGAGAAAAAGAUUCCCUACAGUAAACCCAUUCCGCGAAAUUUCCAGGCUCAGUGGAAUGAAGCUAGCAAAUAUGAUGAUCAUCAUGUUGCUUCCGAGGAGAUCAAGGAGGUGAUCUCUCAGAUAGUGGAACACAAUACUGGGCCGGUUCCGUUGAAGAAAAUGGCACCGUCAGCCAUUAUUUUAUAUGACCGCGUAAUUCAAGUACAGCCUGGUUCCAAUCUAGAAGCCGUCAUCCUGGAAGGGCCCGAGUCUCUCAAUCGGUUUAUUCUUCUUGGACGAGUGCCGGAGCUGCGGGAUGUUUUUCCACUAAUUACCGACGAAGAGCUGAACAACAUGGAUGAAAAUAUCUCGGGAAUUCUAGCGAGUCGAGCUAAGCUGGAGAUAGACCCAACCUACAUAUACAACAAAACACUCGCAAUGGAGCCAGCAGAACCACCGGAAGCUACGGAACCGUUGUUGUCGUCCACAUCGCUGAUGAAACGACGAACACCACCGCCUCCUACCCCAGAUCCGACAGCGGGUAUACCAUCGCUAUUGCAAUUAGACAUCAAUCCACCGCCCAAUGUUUGCUUCAAUACGGAUGAAAUGGAGGACGAAAUAGCCCUCCGCAAUAGUAAAAAGGGAAGGGAACGAGAGAAGAUCAAGGAAAAGGAACGUCGCGAACAGGAAGAAAAGAUGAAAUUCUGGGCAGAGCAUAAUGAGAGGAACUGGGAUGAUGAUGGCAGCGGUGACGAUCUUGAAGGUAGUGGUUAUAAGCCGUCAAUUUCGCCAGCGGAUCAUAACACUAACAGCAAUGGGAAGUGGGCCACAGUCAAACGGGAAAUCGACGAAGAGGAUGCCGCCGGACUCGGCGGUAACUCGUGGGAUGCUGGUAACGAUAGCUAUGGUGUCGAAGUUAAGCGGGAUAAGGAUAGUAAAGAUGAUCUUGGAUUCAAUUUCAAUCAAGACGCGCAUUUGGGUAAUUUCGGUGCACCGGCUGGUUUCGCUGCAAGUAAUUUUAAUAACCAAGGACCGAAUCAUUUCAAUGGCAGGCAAAAUAACUUUAAUUCAGGACCAAACCAUUUCAAUGCCGUCCCAACCAGUUUCAAUCAAAGUCAAGUACCAAACAGUUUUGCACUUCCUAACAACUUCAACCCCAACAUGCCUCCAGGACCGCCACCAAACUUUAGUUCGGGACCACCACCUCCAAACUUCAAUGCGGGUCCUCCAAGCAACUUCAAUGCAGGUCCUCCAGCAAACUUCAGUUCUGGACCACCGAGUAACUUCAACGCGUUCAACAAUUUUAGCAGUGGGAAUAGUUUUAAUAACGGAAGUAAUAAUUUCGGCUCCGAUCAUGGAGGAAAUGACGAUGGCUGGAAUAGGGGCGGCAAUCGUAACCGAGGCAACAUGCGAUCUGGUCGUGGUAAUCAACGAGGAUUCCGAGGAGGUAAUAGAAGGAAUUAGGAUUAUCAUUAAAGCUAGGUCACGUUAGAUAUGUACUGAUAUUUUUAUCUGUAUAGUUCUUACUUCGGUUUCUAUCCGAAUAAUUCUUAAGCAAGUAGUAAAACGGUGUUUGAGUGGCUGAUAGUGCACGAUAAUUCAUGGUGACUUGCGCGAGGCAUCCCUUAAUAGCUUGAGGCGGUUCGAUCGCCGGAUACUAUCUUGUUAUCGGGCAUGGGAUUGUGAAUGGGAAAACAAAUUAGUGUGUGUGUGUAUGUGAGUGGGCGAUGAUCGUUGUUUAGAGCUACUACUAACUUGUAAAAAUUGCAAUUAUAAAGAUACGAAAAUUUUGAUGAAAAAAGUUGGAAUGUAAAAUUUUACCCGUAAUAAAAACAAUAAAAAUAUGUCAUAAGUUUGAGGCGAUUAAAA